CGAAAAAUGGCGGGCCUCAUACCCAGUUCAAUCCACCGGCAAAAUGCCCCUAUGUUGCCGGCAGUUGAAACUCUAGGUUCUCCACGCUGUGGAUUCUUCAACGCCACGGGGAUAUACCCCAAGCUCCGCGGACCUUUUAUCCCAAUAAUCAUGGGCCCCUAUCCUAAAAACCUGAACUGAAUAGUGAAUCUGCUCACCAACAUAAUAUGCGUCUCGACAAUUAGAGCCCAACUACUUAAUUUUCACCCUUUCCUGUAACUACGGAUUAAGCAUAAACCCCGCGUUUCGUUGCAGCUCGAGUCAGCAGCGGAGGACAAUCAAGACUGUUGGCCAGCGUCAUCACUGUCAUGAUCCUUCACCCCAGCAAUAUUUAACGCGGGCUAGUACACCAGCUAGAAUAUUCGAUUAACUACCAAUGCCAUGAAUGAGGGGACCGGGCUGGAAGCCAGAAGCUGAACAGGGCGUUUUUAGUAGUUAUCUUUUGAAAACCCAGCUAGCUGUGCAGGUCAGAACUUUGACUCUCCUCCGCGACCCCCAGGCAGAGAGGAGCUUGUCUGGGAGUGGACAGGUUACAAAGCCCCAUAAGGUCCACUUAUCCAUGGCGUGGAGAUACCGCUCAGACUAUUUAAAUGCUGACAUGGCAAUGGAAAAUGGCCCCGAAGCCAGCCCCUGUCUUUUUUUUUUUUUUUCAGUCAGAACAAAUACGCUAAGUUCUGCAUAUAUCGGAGGGGGGCGGGAAAGGAAAGCAGCAUCUAAUAUAACAUGCCAUAACGCACUCAGUUGAUGGGCAUGAGUAGAACCAACAGCUUUUUCCUCGAUAACUACCAUGGCAAAUGUCGCAAAUGAGUAAAGUGCCCCGAAACACGACCAGCAUGCGACAAUUGCAUGUUAAGGCAGCUCGAUUGCGUUUAUCCCUCGCUGUUCAAAUCACAAUCACACCAAUCACACCAACCCCACCGUCGUCUGCAAUCAAAUUAUAACGACAAGAAUUAUGUCCCUGUUAUGCACUAUACAAGGCCGCCAAUGCUGCCUCCACUAGCUAUCAGGCCAGCUCCCGCGCCGCCGCAGUUUCCCCCUUUUUCACAAUGGACGAUAUGCGCUUCUUCCACCAUUAUUUGACUGCGGGCUAUCCGUAUUUGCCAGAUGGCUGUGAUACAGUGUGGAUUACUGAGAUACCCCUUCUCGCCCACCAGCACGAAUUCCUUAUGCACGCCAUCAUCUCCUUGGGCGCCUCGCACCUCUCCCUUGUCGCCAUCAUCUCCUUGGGCGCCUCGCACCUCUCCCUUGUCGCCAUGGCCGGUUCAGGCCUUGAGGAAAUGCACGGUUACUCAACCAUGCUAUCCCAUCGCGGCCUCGCUCUCCGCGGUCUCCAACAAUCAAUAGACGAGCACGCACAUGCCGGCCUUCCCACCGCGUCCACCAUGCCAAACAUCCCCAAACUCAACGCCAUGUUUGCAACCUGCUACGCUCUGAUGACGCAAUCAUCCCACCUGCGUGACGGCUUUACUGACUUCCUCAUUCUAAUCCGCGGCUCCGGACCCCUAACGGGCCACAUCGCAGCCAUAACAGGCCUCGACCGCAACGCCCUACUCCUAAGCCUGAAAGAGGGCUUCGACCCGCGCACGCGCUUCUCACACCUGACCCUCACCGGCAACGACGACGCUGAGGAUCUCGACGAUGACCCUGGCGACGCUAUCGACAUGGGCAUUAAUAUGUGCGUUGUCAAGCGCUUUGCGGAUGCAUUGAGGGCAUUGAUUCCACUCCUACAGCACGAAUGUCACCAGAACUAUUACGCAGCCAUCCUCGAUGCUGCCGAGGCAUUGCAGCGACGAGCGUGGGUCGAUGCAUUCAAUUCGUUCCACAAGACGUAUGUGGUCCUGUGCACCAUUGACGAGGUCAGUUUCCAAAAUUACAUCAUCUCGCCAUCCGUGAGAGGCGCGGGGGCGGGAACCGGGCGGAGGCCAAAGUGGGAGGGGGAGGUGGAGAAGAAUGCGAUGUUCCUGCUUUUGUUCAUGUACCUCACGGCAUUGAAGGUGGCGAUGUGUCCGAUCAUUUGGCGCGUGAUACCUGAGCGGGCACUGUUUCCGCAGAUGAUAUUGCCGCAGGUGAGCUGGUUGAUAGACAUUAGUGCGCGGAUUUCGCCGGUGCUACGUGGGCAUGUGGUGCUGCCGUUGGAGGUUAUCACGAGGGUUGGAGCUGAGUAUGGGGUGUUCAAAUCGGUAUUUGGGGAGCGGGUGAGAGAGGAGUUGACUGUGAGAGCGGAGGAGAUGGGGUAGGCUGGGCUGUAUGAUGGGAAAUAUAUGGAUAUACCUAGGUAGAUAGAUCCAUGUUUAUAUGUGGAGUGUAUAAAUGUAACUUGUCGCCUAGUUCAUACUCUUCCCCCUUUCAAAUUUGUACCUUGAUAUAUAUACAUACAUACUUUCUUGUAGGCGGAAAUCUGUCAGUUAAUUUUUUAGUGAUGAAUGGUUAUAUCCAUCAUUUUAUUUCGGAAAUUUUUAGUUUGCAUAACAAGUGAUAUGAGUCCC